AGAAAAUGCCUCAAAAGAUCAAGUGUCCUACCUCUGAUUCUGUGAUCCAUGAUCAAAAGAGAGUUACUGGGGCACGAAUUAUUCAAUCCCCUUCAAAAUCUGAUGGUCCAUUCUCUAUAAACCAUAAUAAUGUGUUCGAAAUUUCUGAGAUGGCCCGUCCCAGAAAAGUUACCUAUGACAGCAUUGAUGAAGCCUCACAACAUCUAGCUCAGUUAUGUGACAAAGCUAUCGAUGCUGAAGAUAAGCAAAUCGAGCUAAUCAGGAAGAAAUUUUAUAUUGGUGCCUCUACUGGAAGGAUUUCAGAGAUCAGCUUGAUGAAAUUAUCAGAAGCAAUAGUG